UGAAAAAAGACCAAAUGUAAGAGCAUGUCAGAACCUCUGCAGUGUCCUAAAAUAGUCGGACCCCAGAGGGUUAAGGAUUCAAGUGUGCAGACAGUUUAUUUAUUUUUGGAUAUUUUCAGUCUUGUUUGUCUGGCACCUUGGUGAUUGUGAGUGUGGUGUAACUCCUUUAAAACAUUUAGACCACUUACCUUAAAAAACUGAGUAAAUUAAAUGAAUCAUUUUUUUCAGUGGGGAGACCACAGAUUUACUUAAAAUUUAAAAAAAAAGUCUUGUGAAAUGUCCCCUUUAAAUACUGCAUGUUUGAAAAGUCCUUUAAAAGGUCACAUGACUCUUUUGCCAUUUCCUAUGCAAUGUUGGUUUUUAAUGCCACCUCAACUCAUCAGAGAUUCUUAGAUAACCUAUAGUGGUUAAUAACUUCUACGUAAACAGGAACUGCUGGGUAAAAAGCUUGUAUAUAAAGCCUGCUUGAUUUCUGAAUGAUGCUUUUCAUUGUCUCAGACUUUACCAUUCAUGUAACAAUGCUUCAGAAUAAAUUCGGUGAGUUGUCGUAAGACCGUCUUUAUUUCUUUAAGGCUGUGCAGUACCAGAACAAUGAUCCUCGCAGGAAUUCUCUACAUCUUUUGGACUACAGGCAAAGCUAAUUCACAGGCUUUGUCUGAAUGGCACACUUGUGUUACAGAUUACUGGCACACAAUCAGCUGCUCGGUAAAAUUAGCAGUCCCUUCCUCCAGAUAUACAAACACAUCCUACCAGCUGGAAUUUUACUGGGUCGAUGAAACCAUAAAUUUUACCUGCACACUUCAGAGAGCAGACGAAGUUCACGGCUGUUCCAUUCAAACAGAUUCUUACAAUAGUUUCAUGGAUUUGAGUAGUUUUAUAGUUACACUUCAUUAUUCAAAAAACAGACAAAAUUUAUAUCCUUUGGAAUCACCUUUUAAACCAGCUAAAAACAUUAAACCAAAAGUCCCAUAUAACCUGACAUUGCAAUACUCAAAUGGAACCUAUGUUUUCAAUUGGACAAAUGGAUAUGAAGAUCACGAAUACAAAAUGUCUAUUCAAGAAGCCUUGGUGUAUAACUUCUUGUACUUUAAAGAAGGGCAUCGUGGCAGUGAGCCCCAUUCUUAUUUAGAAAAGGAAAUUAGGAUUGACGAAACAAAUCUUCAUUCUGAUUGUAAGUACAUUGCUAUGGUGAGGACUGGGAUGCCAGCGACUGUGAAAUAUAAUGGAACAUGGAGUGAAUGGAGUGUUCCCGUUGAAUGGAGGACAAAACAUAGAGAUAAGCUCAAUCAGGCUGAUGUUUAUCCUGGUAAGAUUGCCAAGAUUGCCCUUGGAAUAUGUCUAAUCCUGGGACUUUUAAUACUGCUUUUGUUUGCUCCUGCUGCAAGAAUGAAGAUAAAAGAAAUUGUAUGGGUGCCAACACCAGAAACAUACUUUCAGCCUCUUUACACACAUUACCAAGGCAAUUUUCAGUUUUGGGUUUUGCCAAAAUGUCCAUUACAAGAUGUUCAUGUUAUGGAGGAGUUUGCAGCAAUUGACAAGAUUGCCGAGCCCAUAACGAAACUGCAGGAUCAGGAAGAGAAAUCAGACAUGUGUCCCCCAGCCCAAUUUCACACAACUUACGUUGGCCCCACAACUGAGCUCUGGGCCCCGUGCCAAAUGUCCAAAACGUGCAGCGAGACGAGUAUCCCAUGUGAGGACUUUUCAUUGUUCUGUGAUGCUUUCCCUGAUAAAGUGGACAACCUCUUCCAGUGUCUGACCACAGUACGCUUGUGUGAGGAUGAUAAUUUCUCUUUGAAAGAUUCUGUACUCAGUCUCAAGAGUCUUGAGAGCCUUGAGAACCGUGAGGUGUCUGAAGCACCCGUCAUUUUUAAUCCAACGCCUGUGUGGUUCAAGCAGGAUUACUGCACUCUCACAGAGACUCCUGCAGGCCCUGUACCCACCUUCACCAAAGAUGUGGAGCUGGAUGGAAACACAUCUAAUACUGAAACGCAUACUCAAUAGAGGAGGACAUGCCACUUUCAAAUAGACAGGCUAUAACUGUAUAUAAAACACUGUGAUUUGAUUUCUUAUAUUAUUAAGUGCAGGAGUUGCCUAUAGGUUCUGAAUGUAUGUAAGAUAUUUUACACAAAGCUCUUGGACUGAACUUUGUAGAGCACUUAUUGACAAAACAGCAUACGUGAUAAAUAUCUGAAAUACUGCACUGAAAAAAAAUGACUUUCUUACUUACUUAAUAUUUUU